AUGAAAAUUGGUUAUGAACGAUUUCUUAAACGUCGAGCAGAAUUUGAAAGCCUGGAUAAAAAUAUAAAGAAUAUGGUUGUCAAAGGCCAACUCAUGAUUUUCAAAAAAAAUGAAAAUACUAGAAAAGUUAAUGAAAGUAAUAGAAAAUAUGUGCAUUUUAAUUAUUGUUUUAAUAAUAAUCUUCCAAUUUGCUGUACAACAUAUAAAAAUCUUAUUGGAGCCAGUUAUAAAUAUUUAGAUACGAUUAUACAACAUUUACGAGAACAUGGCAUUGAAGAACAUAUAUAUGGAAAUACUGGAAGAGCUCCAAAAAAUAUGAAUUGUAUUGAAGUUAAUUAUGAUAUAGCACAUUGUAACCAUGGACAUCGAACUUAA